GGGCACGGCGUGCGUGGGCCUGCUCAGCGCCGGCACUGGAGGAAGCUGGUGGCAGGUGUCGGCGGCAAGGGCUGCAGCUUUUGGCUCCAGCUGGUCGUCGCUCUGUGCGACGCCGCGCGCGGAGCACCAGGGGGCGCCGGGCGGUUCAUCAGGAGAGUUGCGCUAGUGCAGCGCCUGCGCCUCGAGAGAGUUCACGAGGUGUUCCCGCCGCCGAUUCCCGACGCCCCCGGUUUCCUGGCGCGCCGCGCUGAGUGGCUGGACCGAGGGGGGGUGGGCGCGGCUGGCCUGGGCGCGGCCGCGGCCGUGGGCUGGGCGGUCUUGGUCGUGCACGCGCUGAACGACCAGAGAGCUCGACGCGCGCGAUCAGGGAAGCUGCUGCCUACUUCGCGCGGGGCUCGGCUCAGGGCCGAGGUGGUCGCCGCGAGGGGCGUCGCCAACGGCGGCAAGGAGGUGCCGCGCGCGCUGGGCGGCGCGCUGCUGGGGCUGCCAGCGCGCGGCGUCGCCGCUUCAGUUCGCGCGCUGGACAUCGCGGACGAGCGCGUCGCGGGCUGGCUCGCUGACCCUUCGCUCGCCCUGCUGCCGAAGGCGGAGUGGCAUCGCAUCGGCGCCAAGCUCGUGGAGUUAGGCCUCGCCGCGCCCAUUGCCGACGAGCGGAUCUUCGAGGUCGGAAACCUGAAGGCCCUCGCGGGCGCCUUCGGCGCGGCCAAGAGCGGGGCGCCGAUGCCCGGCCACUCAGUGGCCCAGCGGCUCAUCAUCGACAUGGCGCCCGCGAGCAGCUCCCAGAGGACGACGAGGGGCGACAUCGGGGCGCUGGGUGCAUCGCCGUCCUGGGUCGACAUCCCCCCGCCGGCCCGGCAGCCCUGCAUGACGCUCGCCGAGGCCAUCCCGAACGAGCUCAUCGGCAUUAGCGGCCCAUGGCGAACACGCAUUGCGCUGCGCGUCAUCCCGAUGGGCUGGGUCAACGCAGUCACGGUAUUCCAGCACUGCCAUCGGCGGCUGGGGUUUGGGCUGAAGCCGCUUGCCGCGGGCCCCCCGCCGGAGGCGGAGUGGCGGAGGGGCCGGCCGCUGCCGCUCAGGUCGAAGCAGCUGGAGCAGGCCUGGGUGCAGUAUUACAUCGAUGAUAGGGGCAGCGGUGAGUUCGCCCCAAACAGCCUCGUGGACGACCUCGCGGGGUCCGCGAGCGCGGAGCAGGAUGAGCAGCGCGAGGCCUACGCGCGAAGCGGCAUCAGCGUCGCCCAGGGCAAGGCGAACCACCUGGAGCUGAUCCUCGAGCGGAUGGGCGCCAGCGUCGACGGCGUCGCGGGCCGCGUGGGGGUCACGACCGAGAAGCUGCACCUCCUGCUCGAGCUCACCAUGUGGGCAAUCGGCCAGCUGGAGGUCACUGUUAAGGCGAUGCUCGUGGUUCUGGACAGGCGGCGGCCGCGCGUCGUGCUCGUCGAGCUCUUCGCGGGGGCGCUGCUGCGGCCGCCGUGGCUGCGGCGCCCCACCUCGCGGAGGCGCUGGCCGGGCGUGAUCGAGCUCGGCAACUUCGAGGCCAUUGACUGCGAGCGCUUCGGCCAGGUCCUCGAGGGGUUCAGGCGCGACGCCGACUGGGUCGCCAUCGCGGCGGGUAGCCCGUGCCAGGACCUGUCCUCACUGAAUGAGAUCGGCAAGGGCCUCAAGGGCGAGAGGUCGAAGCUGUUCAGGAAGAUCCCCGAGCUCAUCGAGGCUGCCGAGCGGGCGUUCGUCAGGUGCGUGGGCUGGUUCGUCGAGAACGUCUUCGGCAUUGGCGUGGAGGCGAGGGGCCAGUUCACGGAGGCGCUGGGGGUCGUCCCGCUGCUGCUGGGCGCGAAGGAUUUCACGCGCGUGCGGUCGCGAUGCAGCGUCGACUUGCCCUGCUUCGCCCGGCCUAUACAGCGGCGCCACCCGCCGCUGCGCCCAUCGGGGCUGGAGCGGGCAGCAGCUGCAGCGCAGGGGCGCUGGUUCAAGGAUAGCUGCCGCUACCAGGCGUGCAACUACGAGGACGAGGUCCUCCUGUGGGACCGAGCCCGGGCGCUGGGCAGGCUGCCUGUUGCCGAGAAGCGCGGCGUUCUCAUGGGGUUCGACCGCCGCUAUUGCGAGGCUGCAGUCAAGGACAGCGUUGCGCCUGAAGAAUGGGCUAUCAUUAUGGAGGGUCUCAUGGGCAAUGCCUUCUGUGUCCAGUGCGUUACGUUCCUUCUUGGCUCUUGGCUGGCCCAAGUCGGGGCCCUCGCCGCGGCGCCGCCGGGGGAGCUUUGCGCGCGCGUCGGUGAGCGGGAGGCCAACUGGAACAUCGACGCAGACUUCAAACGGCCAGGCCUCCGGCAUCCCACGGCGGAGCGGAGCCUCAUCAUCGAGUUCCUGCGCGUCGCCGACCGCGGGGGCGCGGGCGUCAGGCUGGACUGCAACGCCCCGCGCAGGGCGCGCGCCUGGCCGAGGUGCCGCGGCGUCGCCGAGCACCGCUGCCGCUACCUGCGCCUGCUGGAUGCCCAAGCCGUCGCAGCCGUCUGCACCAAGUGCAGGUCGAGCGCGCGGUGGCUUCAGCCAGGGAUCCGGCAGCUCAACGCGCUCGCGCUCGCGACAGGCUGCUACCCGAAGUACGGCUGCUGCGACGCCGACGACGUGCCCGCCGAUGCGCCGUCGCGCUGGGCAGGCGCGCGUGGCAGCCAAAGCGAGGCAGUCAACGGCGUCUUCGACUGGUGGCUGGAGCAGCAGCGCGAGGUCACGGCGCCAGAGCCAGCCGGGCGUGCGCUGCCCAUUGGCCCGCUCAUCGCGCUGGCGUUCUCUGGCGGGUUCGUCGUCGCGGGCUUCCCUUCGGCCGCGGCGGCGCUGCUUGCCGCGCGCGACGCCCACCUCCGGACGGGGGAAAUUUUGGCUUUUCAGUGGGCAAACGUCACGCUGUAUGAGAGCAGCGGCGCGGCUAUGAUCAGGCUGCGCGACACCAAGAGCCAGCGCCAGACAGGAGCUGGUGAGUUCGCGAUGGCGCGCGCCCGGCUGGCGGUGCAGCUGCUGGCGACGGCGCGCGGGCAGCGCCGCAGCUCCUCGCAGUGGCGCGAGCAGUGCGAGGAGCGAGCGCUGGGCAUGUCGCCGGCAGCGCUCCACCGCGUCUUCGCGGAUAUUAGAUCCCUUCCGGAGCUCGACGGCCAGAAGCUGACGCUGCGCAGCUGGAGGCGUGGCGGCGCGUCGGCCGACUUCCGCGCCCACGGCUCGAUGGAGACGACGCUCCUCAGGGGGCGCUGGGCGAACGUCCGCGCGGCAAGGCUGCGCGUGCAGGACGCCAUGGCAGAGGCGACGACGCUCGACCUCUCGCCCGCCCAGUGCGCCCGCUGCCUGCAGCUGGCACAGCGAGUGCA